AUGGAGGGAGAAGAAAUCAAGGGUGGGGGGGCUGGUUCUAUGAGACUACGGGGAAUGGAGGGAGAAGAAAUCAAGGGGGGGGGGGGUUGGUUCUACGAGGCUAUGGGGGAAUGUGGGAGAAGAAAUCAAGGGAGGGGCGUUGAUUCUGGGUUUUGCUGGUUGGCGGGAAUUGGGGAGAAGAAAUUAGAGGGGGGGAGGCUUUUUCUCUAUUUGAUUGUUUUACAUUUUCUUAUUUUCUUAAUACAAUACCUUGUAAAAUAUCAAAUUUACCCUUAUAUUUGA